CGCCUCGCUUAUUUCGCGCUACACUAUGACCGGUAAGGUGAGCUUGGCGCCCACCCUACGUCACCCUUGCUCGCUACACUUACCUUCUCAGUUUCUAUUAUGUUCCAUUUGAAGUUGUGAAUUCGUGGGUCGGGAAGGUGAAGAGGCGAUGGAGCUGGUAGCGGAGGAGGUGGCAGUUGCCUACUUCGAAGUUCGACACAGACGUCACGACUCGGAUGAGUCGCCAGAAGAGCCUAUCGAGAUAGUCGGAAACAAGCAGCUCUACUUGGGGAGAAAUGCGGAUCUCUGUGACCGAUGCUGGGAUGACCUUGAUAUCUCGAGAGUACAUUUGCGAAUUCAUUGCAUCGUAUACGACAAAGAUCCCGGAUCCCGUGUGCCACCGUCUGUGUAUGCAACUGAUCUCUCGACCUUCGGCACACGCUUGAAGAAACACGAUCGUGAAACUUCCCAGAAUGAACAUGGCUUUUUGAUGCGAAAAAAUGACUCGUUUUUGUUACAGAACGGAGAUACAUUGUAUCUUUCCGACACUCUUACUCUGAAUUACUACGAAUACACUCCUGCAACAGAAUAUCAAUUGACGUGGACGCAAGAGUGCGAAAGAAGGGCCUUUGAUGCACAUUAUCACAUCACCGGUCGACUCCUCGGUUCAGGCGCGUUCGGGAAUGUGCUCGUGGCUGUUCACCAAGCAACACAACGCCAACUUGCUUGCAAGAUAGUGAACUUAAAGAGUCUGUACCGUGAGAGUCAACCUCCCGAUACGAAAUUGCUUCUACCCUUUUCGGAACAUCACCAGCAUUCUCAUGCAAGAGAAGCGGGGCGGUUGCCGUCUCAAGUCAUACGCUGUUGUCGAGAAGUCACUAUCCUCAAGGACUUGAGUCAUCCAAACAUCAUCGGCAUUGAAAAAGUGUUCUACAGUACCAACACUCUUUACAUUUUCGAAGAACUCGUCACAGGUGGAGAUCUCUUCUCAUAUCUAGAGAACAAAGGCGGACGUCUGAGUGAUAUCGAAACAGCUGUCAUCAUACGCCAGAUUCUUAAAGGCACAGAAUAUCUUCACAACUGCAAUAUCGUUCACCGUGAUCUGAAACCAGAAAAUAUACUGAUGACUUCACUAGAGGAGGGAGGGCGGAUCGUCAUCACCGACUUUGGGAAUGCCCGGGCCCUGCCUCAAAACGAAAGUUUAGAUGAUCGCAAGACUCGCAUGUUCUCGCUGGUUGGGACCUGGGGAUUCGCGGCCCCAGAGAUAAAUCGUAGACGAUCUACUCAGAAAAGCUUGGGCUAUUCGAAAGCGGUCGAUCUGUACUCAAUCGGCUGCAUCGCUGCUGUCCUUCUCUCGGGCACCCUUCUCUUGCCUAGUUACUCUGCAUCGCGUCAAGGCGGCUUUUCGCCUGAUACCGUGCAGCGUGUAUCGCCUCUCUGGGACGUCAGUGCACUUGACGAUGAGUUUGAUCCUAUGUGGAGAUAUAUCGGUUCCAGGCCAAAAGACUUCAUCAAAAGAUUACUUGUCGUUCAAGAAGACCGCCGAAUGACAGCUGUCGAAGCGUUGGACCAUGAAUGGUUUUCCAACAAACAACAUGCCUCCGAGUUUAGAGCGCUUUAUAAGCGCUCGAUUAAAGACUGGAAGCCGCAUGAAUCGACACUCGAUAUAAUAGAAGAGCUGCAAGAGGUUAAUUCGCAAUCCGAGUCAACAAGCAUACAUCCAGUCGCAGCGGUAGAUCUCAUCGAAGAGGCCUACCCGGUGUCUGAAGAAUCUGAAAAUCUACAACUCCGAGAUCCUAACGCACGAAUCCAUGAAAGUAGCCCAUCAAGUGACAAUCACCUGUCUCCAGAUCGGGUUCAAGGGGCGGAGCCGUCAAAUGUGCAAAGUGAUGAUCUUGAUAUUACUUGUGUCUCGGCAGAUAUACCCGAGUGGUUCGAAGAGCACCAGCAUGAACCUCAAGCUUCGGGUAUGUAUUCAAUUCCCGACAGUAACGGGGAUCUUCCCAUGAGAGACAAUGAUAUGCGCGAAUUCGAGGAUUCUUUUCCAGUCAUUUUCCCACCAGGAUAUGUACGGCGCCGCCCUUCGGAGCUAUCUUCUGUUGUGUUCGAGACGCCUAUUGAUGCUACUUCGGAGAGCCCAUACGUCCAAGUACCGCAGUCUUCAUUCCAAAUUGAGCACCCAACAAGGAGUCAGAAGUUUCGUGGCACUUCUAUCCAAACACAGACAUCGAUUGUCAAUGAGACUCCGCUGGAAUGUGGUGGGCAUCGUACGCAUACUCCAGAGCCCGAAUCAGUUCUUUUUUAUGAGGCACCGACCAAUAUUGUUUACAAACGCCGCCGUAGGCAGCAUAUAUUGCUGCCGUCAUACGCUGAUAUGUUCCUUAAUAGUCAGCGAGCGACUGCACGACAUGUGUGAAAGCACCUGCCGGGGCACGGGAAAGGGCUUUGAUAUGUACUUUCUAAACGCUUCUGAGAUCCAGACUCUGCUAUGAGGCUAACAUCCAUCUACGUUGAUGUUUUUUCAUACAGAUAUAGUCCAACCCACCUUCACAAAAGAAAUCACUGCGGACGGUCUAAGUUUAUGUAUGAUAUACAAAUGUAUGGGGGGGGGGAUAUCUUAUAUAAAACAUCCCCUCAGUCAUUUGACUGUGUACUUUGAAAACGCCUAGAGGUCUUCUAGUCCCCUCUAUUUCCCGCAUGUGACCCUAUCCCGCCAUUGUCUCCUCUACUGUGCAUUAUCAUCUAUCAUUGCCUCCCUUUGACACAGAACCACGCAACUCCUCCACCAAACUACCAUCACCCUUUCCCUCCCUAUUCCUUCGAUACAUCUCAAACUCCCCCUUCCGAUGCGAAGGAUACACAACUCCCCCACAUUCUGAGUGCUCUUGCACUGACGCCGAGUUCCUUCGGUACGGAGCGAAGACUCCAUCUACAUGACUAGGAAAUUCCAAAUCAUACGAGCGUUCCGCGACGCCGCUUUCCCCGCCUCCUCUGGUUUUGUCUCUUUGUAAAGAAUCACUCGGCCCAUUGUGUUCUUGCUCCAUGGAUUCCACGUUGCUGUUUGAUGUUUUCACAGCACCUACUACGCCGUUAGAUUUAAUAUCUAGGCCUUUGGGAGUAAAUAUUAUGUUUCGUGCCUUUUCGUGCCAUGAUGCU